UUUUCUUUUUUUCUUUUUUCUUUCCUUUACUUUAGUUUUAUCUUGGCAAGAUGACCAUUUAUUAUACCACAACAUUCUUUAUUCUCGUUAUCGAGAUGAUUGUCUUUUGUAUUCUUGUUUUACCUCUUCCCUCUCGUUGGCGUAGAGCCUUAUUCAAGUUUGCUUCUACUUCACCUUUGGUUGGCAAAGCUUUGAACACGUUGAGAAUUAUCUUUGGAUUUAUCUUUGUCUUGUUUAUUGAUGCUGUUAACCGUUUACAACGUAUUGAGGAAGGAGAAGAAAAUCACAACCACGAUUAUGGAUAUGAAGUAGGUUUGAAGGCAAGAAAGUUUUAUGCUCAAAGAAACCUUUAUUUGACUGGUUUUACUCUCUUUUUAUCUCUUAUCCUCGAACGUACAAGUAGUUUGAUCAUUCAAAUGUUAAAGAGAGAAGAGGAAUUAGAAUAUGCCAAGGAGGAGCAUGUAUCCACUACUCAAGAUCAAGAACGUUUAGAGAAUAUGGAGGCAACUUACAAAAAUAAGAUUGCCGCGCUUAAACUUGAAGUAGAUGAAUUGAGAAAGCAAGAAAAGGACAUGGAAAAUUUGAAGAAGCAGGUUGAACAGCAAUCUGAAGAAUACAGUCAAUUGGUCAAUAGGCAUGAAGCAUUGCAACAACGAGCAAAAGAAUCUAAAAAGGAUAUUUAAAAAAGAGAGAGAAAGCAUAUGAUUGUUUAAUGCCAAAAAAAUAAAAUAAAUAGUUGUUAUAUUACACAUUUUUAAGCAGACACUGCCUCAGGCAUUGCUACGAACGUUGUUUCAUCGUCUUCUUCGUCUGCAAAAUCGUCUGGAUCGUAAAUGACUCGAAUGAUUAGAGAACAAGAAGGACAUCGAGCAACAUCUUCUCCAUCCCUUAGAUCAUCCACCGAGAUUUCAAACCUGUCUCCACAAGGACAUGGAUAUGUAUAGAUUCCUUCUUCCUCAUUAAAAUCCAUGUCUUCGAUUUCAAUCUCAUCAUAAAAGGAUGUCAUUGUGGGUAUAGAAU